UUGGCUUGGAGCAAACCCACCAAUCAGCGUUCAGCCUGGAACAUCAUGUGACGAGAAAGGGCCGCGACUUUAGAUGUCAGGAAAUCUGUUCGGGAGUGGAGAGAGAGAAAAAAAAACACAACAACAACAAAAGACAAGGUGUAGACGGUCUUCACCAUGUCCGGAUCAAGGGACCCAAAUUUACUCGCUCAGACGAUUGGCUCAAACAUCCAGACCAUAACACAGCAGACAUCCGAAAUCCAGAGGACGGUGAACCAACUCGGAACAGAUAGAGACACGCCGGAUCUCCGACAGCGACUGCAGCAGAAACAGCAGUAUGCUAACCAGCUGGCUAAAGAAACGGAUAAAUGCCUGAAGGAGUUCAGCUCAUUACCAGUCAGUCAUGAUCAGCGACAGAGGAAGAUUCAGCGAGAGCGGCUCGUCAACGAUUUCUCCAACGCGUUGGCGCUUUUACAGAAAACCCAGAGGCAAGCUGCUCAGAAAGAGAAAGAGUUUGUGGCCAGAGUUCGUGCGAGUUCAAGAGUUUCGAGUGGUUUUGCUGAUGAUCCGUUUGGAGGAAAUGCUUCACCUUUUGAGAGUGAGACCCAGGCUCAGACACAAAGCUAUGAUGACGGCAUCACUGAGGAGGAUCUGCAUCUCAUUCAGGAGCGAGAAACGUCCAUCAGACAGCUGGAGUCCGACAUCACGGACAUCAAUGAAAUCUUCAAAGAUCUGGCCGUCAUGGUGCACGAACAGGGAGAUAUGAUCGACAGCAUAGAGGCCAAUGUAGAAAGUGCUGAGGUGAACGUUCAGUCUGCAACGCAGCAACUCUCCAGUGCCGCGAAUUACCAGCAAAAGUCUCGUAAGAAGAUGUGCAUCCUGAUUGGAGUUCUGGCUUUGUUGGUUGUGAUCAUUUCUCUCAUCAUCUGGGGCACGUAUAAAAACAACUAAAUUCACCUGAAUUGUGGUGAACACCUGAAAAACCAAACAAAAUUUCUUUCCUGGUAAUUUUUUUUUUUGCUGUUAUUCCUGUGAUGUAAAAGGUUGGUGUGAGUAAAAAUCAUCUUUAUAAGCAUGAAAAACUAGUUUAUGAUGUCAUGGUGACAUCACGCACUAUAUAGAAACAAAAACAUUUUCUAAACAAUGAUUAGUCAUUAUUUGAUGUUUGAACCUCCAGAUCUUGACAAUUUUGAUCUAUUCAGCAUAAAUAAUAAUCAUAAGUAAAUCUCAUUCCUAUCCUUCUGGAAUGCCAAGUAUUUAAAAAAAAAAAAAAAAAAUUCCAUCUGAUGCUCUGCUACAUGGUAAUCAUAAUGAACGAACACUGAAUGAAAGCUAGCAGGUAGCGCUAGUCACACUGUGUCAUGCUACUUGGUGGAUACUAGCUUAAACUUUAGCACAUUUUAACAGACAAAUGCAAGUACAGUUAAUUUUAAUAACUUAAAGGAUUUACUUUGUGGUGGUGUUACUAAAAAAUAAAAAAAACGAGCGCUAGCAUUUUUCCACAUAAAACAUAUUGUGCUAGCUUUUCUGCUUGAAUAUUAACUUCACACAUUUCUUGUCAUAAUAUCAUGAGAUGCUAUUUACAAUUAACACUAUCCAAGUGAUUAGUUUACCUUCUUAUAAUUAUAAGAAUUAUAAAUAUUAUUAAACGGCACUUCUAAUGACUAGCAUUCGCAAGGAGAUUCGGGCUAGGAUACCUAAUUUAAAUGCCAGAAACUUAGGUUGGUUCAUGCUAAUUGCUGAAUUAAAAUUGAUUCUACCAUCUUGCUUUAAUUGAAACUUACCUUGUGCUUCAUGCUAAUCUCACUAAAGAAAUCUAGUGCUGCUGUUGUGAGGUGAUGGAUUCUAGCAUUAACUUUUAAUUGCUAAUUAAAGUUAAAACAAUGGGCACCUUUUAUAUAAAAAAGAAAUUGGAACUUUGAUAUCAGUUGAAGCAAUGUUGAUUUUAAAAAAAAUAUAUAUUUCCAAAUGUUCUUUGUUGAAAUUUAAGCAGAUACAUAUUAAGAUAUGAAGUUUUGAGCCGAAAAGAAUUUGGUCUGGAACAGAGUUUUAGAGACUGAAUUAGAAAAGAACACUUCUAUACGAGUAGGUCCAUAUGACCGAUACAACGUUGUAAAACUUUCUCUGUGCUUGUGUUUAUGCUGCAGGUUUUUGCGUUUCAUUCAGUAGGAAAGUGCUAGUCUGUGCCUUGUCUGGAAUGUGAAAUAUAAUCAUAAUUAAUGACCGUUAUGUUAUUUAAUAAUUAAUAACAGUUUAUCUGUAUUAAAUAACCCCUUGCAACACUAUGGCUAAUGCUAAUUAUAAGUAGUAGUAUAAAUAAAUACAUAAAAUUACCUACACACAUACAUGACUUCCACCAUUUUUAAAAAUAAUUUUUCUUUUUUAAAUCACCCUUCUGCCAUGUAUUUUAUUUAGGUAGGCCCUUCAGCCUUUUGAUACUUUACUAUACAAUUAAAUGGGUAUAAUUUAGCUUUGUGACAAAUUCUGUCUGUUUAUCUGAACUUUUUUUUUCCUUCUGAUUUAGAAGGAAAUUCACACUCAUAUGCAUUCCAUUUAGGAAAAUGUAAAUAUGCAGCUUUUUAAGAGGCAAACAACAUGUGCCAUUUUAAACAUAAUUUCACGCAAUAUCCAUUAUUUAUUUAGUUCAAAGACAUUCGAAAUUAUUUGUCAGACAUUGAAUAAAUAUAUACUAGCCAAAAAGUCAAUAAUUUCUUAUUGAGGUUAAUAUUCUAAUGCCAAAAAUGUCUGUUAAAUCAUAAGAGAUCCAUUUAAUGAUGCUUAUUGUAAAAAUAAUCGUUUAACAAAAAAAAGAGAGA